AUGAGGAGACAGCGCCACUAUGCAGGUUAUUAUCAAUUACUGAGUAAAAUGAUCAGUUUCUCUUCAGUAACCUGGAUCAUGACCAUGUUUAUCCUCCUUCAAAUGAUUUGUUCUAUGGAUCAGAGAUGCAGACUGGAUAUCCCGGCUCUUGAGGGGUUGACGCAGCCAGGAGAUAUCACGAUCGGAGUCCUGAUACCUAUUUUUAUGGAUAAUAUCCACCAAAAUAUUUUCUUCACUGAGAGACCUCCCAGAAUCAUCUGUGCACCAUUUAGGUUGAAUUCCUACCAACAGCUCUUAGCCAUCAAGUUUGCUGCAGAAGAGAUUAACAUGAACCCCAAUGUUCUUGGCAACACAACGUUAGGGCUGCAGGUGUAUAAGACAUGUAAUGUGCCUCACUAUGAGGUACAAGGAGCCUUACACCUAUUAUCUGAAUCCAGCACGGCCAUCCCCAAUUACAGGUGUCAUGGACAAUCAGCCUUCAGCGCGGUUAUAGGAUCAGCCUUAUCCACAAACUCCAUUAUAGUGGCAAAUAUUUUGGGCAUCUUCCGAUAUCCUCAGAUCAGUGCAUUGUCAACUAUCUCUCUCCUAAGUAAUAGAAUAAAGUUUCCCUCCUUCGUCAGGACUGUUCCCAGUGACAAGGGACAGUCCAGGGGACUGGCUAAGCUUAUUCUGCACUUUGGUUGGAUAUGGGUCGGUCUGUUGGCUUCAGAAAAUGAUUACGGUCUACAGGGAAUUCAGCCAAUCAGGGAAGAGUUAAUAAAGGCUGGAGCGUGUGUGGCCUUUGCAGAAUAUAUUCGAUUAUCUCAAGCAGACCACAACGCUCCACACAUAGUCAAAAUCAUUAAAGAGUCAUCAGUUAAGGUUGUCAUUAUUUUCUCUACUGACGUGGAAUUGGUUCCGAUCAUGAAUGAAAUGAUGAAGCAGCAAAUCAAAGGGAAGAUUUUUGUGGCUAAUGAUGGUUGGUCAAUGACUAAUUUGUUCUCAGCUGGAAUAUUUUCUCAGAUUUUAUCAGGAUCCAUCGGUUUAUUUACACACAAUAGAGUUAUUCCAGGAUUCAGUGACUACCUCAGUAACGUCCGACCUUCAUUGGUGGAGUCCUGGGUGAACUUAUACUGGGAGAAGCUUUUUAACUGUAAAUUUCUGUAUCAGGAAAACAUAAACGGUUCUCUAGAUCCCACAGUGACAGAGUGCACAGGAGCCGAGAGUAUAGACAACAUCAAGAACAGCUUCAUCUACACCAGCAGUUUAAGCUCUACUCAUGGCUACUACGCUGCUGUCCAUGUGGUGGCCAAAGUGUUUGAAGACCUGAGAAGCUGCACAUCCCAAGCAUUUUCUUAUAUAAUUUGCAAAUACAUUUUAAAUUUUAAACCAUGGCAGCUCCUGCACUAUAUCAGGAAUGUAAGGGUCACACUGAGCAGCGGAAGUGACGUUUAUUUUGAUGAUAAUGGAGACAUCCCUACAGUCUACAACAUUGUGAACUGGCAUCUGACACAAGAAGGGACUAUAGAAGCCAUCAAGGUCGGCAGUUAUGACACCGUCGCUUCUACUGGGCAAUUUGUUACCAUCAACGCAAGUCAGUUGUCUUGGGCUAUGGGGGGAAAAGAGAACCCUCACUCAGUCUGCAGUGAGAGCUGUCCAACAGGUACCAGGAAGGCGGCUAUCAGAGGACGACCUGUGUGCUGUUUUGAAUGUGUCCCCUGUCUACAAGGAGAAAUAUCUAACCAGACAGAUUCCAUUGAUUGCCUGAAGUGUCCGUGGGACCAGUGGCCAAAUCCCCAGAAAACCGUAUGUCUACAGAAGACCAUAGAGUACCUGCACUAUGAGGAUCCAUUAGGAGUGGCAUUGGCAGCAUCAAGCAUUCUUUCCUCUGCCACUGCUGUUUGUAUAUUAAUGCUUUUCAUUAACUCUAAGGACACACCUAUAGUGAAAGCUAACAAUUACUCUCUAAGCUGUCUUCUGCUGGUGUCCCUGUCUUUGUGCUUCCUUUGCUCUUUAGUUUUCAUAGGAUAUCCCCAACUUGAGAAAUGUCUCCUACGCCAAGCUGUUUUUGGAUUGGUAUUUGCCCUUUGUAUCUCUUGUAUUUUGGCAAAAACUAUGAUGGUGGUCUUUGCUUUCAUGGCCACCAGACCAGGCAGCGGGCUGAGGAGAUGGACCACACCUCAAGUGUCCUACAUGAUCAUUUCUACAUGUUUCCUGUUACAGUUCCUAUUGUGUGUCACAUGGCUGUUACUCACCCCUCCUUUCCCACAAUAUAAUAUUCUAACCAAACCUGAACUCAUCAUUGUUGAGUGUAAUGAGGGCUCCACCAUUGCCUUCUGGACCAUGCUGGGUUAUCUCUUUCUUCUGGCCACCGUUAGCUUCAUUGUUGCCUUUCUGGCUCGGAGACUCCCUGACAGCUUCAAUGAGGCCCAGUUUAUUACUUUCAGCAUGCUGGCCUUCCUCAGUGUCUGGGUAUCCUUUAUCCCGGCCUCCCUCAGCGCUCAGGGUAAAUACACCGUGGCCAUGGAAAUAUUUGCCAUCUUGGCUUCCAGUUGGGCUCUGGUGAUCUGCAUGUUCCUGCCUAAAUGUUUCAUCAUAGUGUUCAGACCAGACAUGAACUCCAGGGAACAUCUCAUGAGAAGAGACAGGGAACAGUCUAAUAGCAGGAGGAUAUAG